GUAAACUCCUAGACUGAUAAGCGGACCCGGAGAUCUCCGGGGCUUCGGCCACAGUUGGUGUGUAAAUAGAACAAACUUUUAUAAAUCGUCAGUGAUUGUGUAGUACGAAGACAGUGCAUCUCUCUCUUCAAUUCUUUACGCUUGUAUAUAUAGUUGAUAGGAGUCGGCGGUCGAUGAAAGGUGACAAAUCGGGGUACGUGCCUCCUAAAAGGUUUCAUAGUGCAGAAGAAAAGUUUAGAAAACCAUUAGAUUAAUUUUCUGGGUUAGUGGAGUGCAAUCUUGUUAGAAGUCGAGGGUUAGUGAUAAUCAACCGAACAGCGUCAUGAUGGAUGAUAUCAAUUGGAAUAAAAUUAUCUACAUAGAUGAUGAACAAAAGCUCAUCUACUUUGAUCAGAAGACGUACAAACUACCGGAGGCCAUCCUAAACCUGUACUCGGAUCGAGUUCGUCAUCUGGAUCUGAGCUACAACAAACUGUCCUCGUUCGAAUCGCUGGAACUUUUCACCAAACUCGAAGAACUAGUGCUGGAUAACAAUUACCUCACGGAUGACAUCAUCUUUCCGGCGCAGUUGGAUGGAAUCAAACUGUUGUCGUUGAACAAUAAUAAGUUCGAAAAUCUGGAUCUGCUGCUGACAAAGCUGUCUCUCUGCUUCCCGAAUUUGGAAUACCUGAGCUUGUUGGGGAAUCCAGCCUGUCCGUGCCAUUUGCUGAAUCUCAAAUACUCCGAGUACGAUUAUCUCAAAUAUAGGUUGUACAUUAUUCGCUAUUUGCCGCGCCUUCGGAUCCUGGAUGCACAGCGGGUGAAAAAGAUGGAACGCGACUUCGUACGCAGCCAGCAGAGUCAGGAAUACGAGGAAGAGGAGAACACCAGCCGGAAGGGUAACGCCCUGCGGCAUUUCUAUGCCAGCUUGAGUACGGCCUUAGGUGUCCGACCGAAGGAACCACCGGUGUACCAUCCACUGCCGGAGAGUAUCCGCGAGGCGGGCGACCAUCGGGGAGCUUACGGGAAGUGCCGCUAUCGCUACAUCGGGGCACAAUCCGAGGGAAAUCGGUUUAUACUCAAUACGGAUUUAUGAGUAUUUUUAUGCAUUGUAUUUGUAGGUAUCAUUUUUACACAGAUUGAUCAUAAUCAUUAUAAUUAAGGUAAUAGUUAUUUUGUA